CGUCAUCAAGUACUUAAUCCGUUGGCUUCCCUUGUGACACGCCUUUCGUGUUGGACGGCCGUUCGUUCUUUUGCCCUUAACAUUUUUUAACACUUUCGACUCUUCAAGCUUUUCAGUGUUCUCUUAUAUUUAUCCUUUUUUUUGUCUCAUAUCCCUGUUAUUUAUGUCACUACUAUAAUCACUUCCACAAACAGCUUAUAGCGAUGGGCUCUGAGUUUGGUAUCACCAAGGAUACCAAGCCUGAGCUUCGGCUCGGAGCUGUGGGUAUUUUUUACAUUGUCUUUGCUUCAAUAUGGACAGUUAUUCUUCUCAGCGGUAUGGCCUUCCUCUGGGUCCGCCGCGAUAUGCCCAUCCUGAGGAUCAGAGGCUUGCCAAUGUCCUUUGCAGCAAUUAGUUUCUUACAUCUCUACUGGCUUGCUGUUGAACUGGGCUAUUGGUAUGGUGCGCUGAUGCCCGAACUUGCCGAAUUUUGGAUCAUGGGCAUUUGGUUUCCCUUUGGAAUCGCCCUGUUUCACGCCUCCAACAGCAGGUUCCUCUAUGUUGCCGAUGCGCAGAGGAAGUUCAUCAGGUCCGAAACCCCAUCUGUACCUGUUGACCGGAGGAGUUUGCUGGGCAGAUGGCGACAGCUGGAUUACAAUCGUCGGACUCUUAUUCUGGUGUUUACCGGCAUGGGCCUUCAUUUGAUCUUGACGAUCUUUACUUUCCUCAUCUCUCGCAAGUUUCACGACUCGUUUGGCAUUGCCGGCACCGAAGUCCAUGGCAACUUCAUGGAGCGAAAGGUUGCUCAAGGCCGUGGCUGGGAAUGGUGGCCGUCAAUCUUCUGGCAGAUGUUCUGGGCAUGGAUUUUCGCUCCUUAUAUCCUCUUCCGUGCGCGAAACCUUCGCGACACCCAAGGAUGGAGGUUCCAGACCAUCGCUUGCUGCCUCUCCAAUCUUCACUCAGCCCCAAUGUGGCUUAUUGCCUUGUAUGUUCCCGCAAUGCAACCGGUCAAUAACUACUUUAUUCCACCACAAUGGAUUGCCGUUUCUAUUUUGUUGCUCGAAAUCUUCACUGUCUUUGUUCCCAUAAUUGAAGUUUGGAAGCACAAUGCUCUGACUCAAGAAACACUAAACUCGAUUGCGCGCUGGGAGUCGCGAAAGAAGGGCUUCACCGGUGGCAACAAGUCCAUCAACUCAGAUUCUACUAGGUCCUCGUGGGGAGGGCGAAUGGGAAGAGCAUCAUCAGUUGUUACAAAUAGCUCUGGCGGAAGCAUCCUGACCAUGGAGGCCCUUGAGCACACAUUGUGUAAAAACCCCGAACCACUGCAACAAUUUUCUGCACUCCGAGACUUCUCUGGGGAGAAUAUUGCUUUCCUCACGAGCGUCAAGGAAUGGAAGUCUCUCUACUCCUCCGCGGCUAAAGAAUCGGAGAAAGAUGACGGCGCAGUAAAGGAGCUGCCUCGCGAGUGCUUUGAGAGUGCCCUCAAGAUCUACGUCGAGUUUAUUAGUGCGACUCAUGCCGAGUUCCAGAUCAACCUUUCUUCUACAGAUUUCAAGAGCCUUCAGGUCGUGUUUGAGCACGCCGCAAACGUCAUCUGCGGAAGCGAACGCAGUAACCCCGAUCCUUGCACCCCCUUUGACGACGUCCCUCACCGGACGGAUUCUGAGAGCACUCUUAACAUUGUCCGUUACUGGGGUGAAGUUCCAGCUGAGUUCAAUGAGCAUGUGUUUGAUGAUGCAGAGAUGAGCAUCAAGUAUCUAGUCUUGACAAAUACGUGGCCUAAGUUUAUCAAGGAGAGGCGAUCCUUCGAUAUGGCUAGUACUGUCGAGACUGGCAGUAAUUAAACACACAAACAAACAAACAAACAAACAAAAAAAUGUCAAUCUUCGUUCUGAGAUCAUAUAUAUCCUAUUUAUUCUAGGUGAAAAUAAUUAUUUUUGUAGGACAGGUAUAUGGGUUAGGAAUGGUUUUUUUUUUCUGAUAUGCAAGAACAUUUGUAUCUC